GUUCAAAAAUUUAAAAGUUCUCUUAAAGAAAGAUUUAAUACUCAAAAUCCUCUCUAAAAUCUAAAGAACUUGAAGAAGAAAUCUAAGAACUUGAAAAAAUCUUGAAAAACACCGUAUUAGUUCCAAAGAAAGUCACCUUUUGAUCUUGUUGAUCUUCGUCAAUUGAAGAAAAGAGAUCAAAACUGUUUUCCCAAGAAAGGUCAAACCCGUUUUUGAAGAAAAGUGCCUUAUGAUCUUGUUCCGCCUACAGAUAAUGGCUAAACUUGAUUUUUAAAGAUCAAGUCUAGAAUGCCCUUAAAGCAGAUAUAUCUCUGAACGACCCUUGGAUCAAAACUCUUCCCAAUUCAGUUGCAUGUAUUACAACUACAAACUGGAUUAAAUUUUUAUACUUCACUUAAAAACAAGUUGCGUGUGAAUUUGAAUCUAAAAUAUAUAUUUAUUCGACCUCUUUCUAUUUAUAUUUGGUUUCGGCAAACUGCAUCUUAAAUUUCAAUUUUCUUAAAAGGCUAUUUUGUUUACCAGAUGUUAUAGCACCUUUCUCGCACUUUUGUUUGUUUAUUUGUUUUAUAAUUAAGGUAUCUUUCAUGGAUGAUCAGUUGAGUGAUAGUUUCAGGAGGGCUCAGAGAAAAAUGGGUGAGCAUAGUCAUACACGAACUACAACUAAGUUAACAGAGCAAAGUUUAGUUUUUGCUGUUAAUGGAGAGAGGUUUGAGCUCUUCCAAGUAGACCCUUCUACUACUUUGCUCGAGUUCUUGCGUUCCCAGACAUCUUUCAAAAGUCCCAAGCUUGGUUGCGGUGAAGGAGGAUGUGGUGCCUGUGUUGUUCUGCUGUCCAAAUACGACCCUUUCCUUGACAAGGUUGAGGAUUUUACAGUGAGUUCAUGCCUGACACUACUUUGCAGUGUCAAUGGAUGUUCAAUCACAACAGCUGAGGGAAUUGGAAAUAGCAAGGAUGGAUUCCACCCUAUUCAGGAAAGGUUCAGUGGUUUCCAUGCUUCUCAAUGUGGUUAUUGCACUCCAGGAAUGUGUGUUUCUCUUUAUUCAGCCCUCGUUAAUGCCGAUAAGUCUGAUAGGCCUGAACCACGUCCUGGAUUCUCCAAGCUAACAGUUCCUGAAGCUGAAAAGUCUAUUGCAGGCAAUCUUUGUCGCUGCACCGGUUACCGUCCCAUUGUCGAUGCCUGUAAAACUUUCGCAACCGAUGUUGAUAUGGAGGAUUUGGGACUUAACUCGUUUUGGAAAAAAGGAGAAUGUGAUGAAGUAAAGCUGAGGAGAUUACCUCCAUAUAGCCAUGGAAAUGGAACUUGUGUGUUUCCUGAGUUUCUGAAGAAUAAAACCAAGGCUGGUUUCAAUAUGGAAUCUGAAGCAUGUUAUUGGUAUAGUCCAGUUAGUCUUCAGCAACUUCAACGGUUACUGCAAAUGGAUGAUGAGAACAAUGAAACGUCAAGGAAGAUAGUUGUCAGCAACACGGGAAUGGGUUAUUAUAAGGAACUAAAACGUUUCAACAAGUAUAUUGAUUUAAGAUACAUUCCAGAGCUUUCAAUCAUUAAGAAAGAUCAUACUGGGAUUGAAAUUGGAGCAGCAGUGACAAUUUCCAAGGCCAUUGAAACUUUGAAGGAAGCAAAUGAACCUCAGUUCAGCCAAGAAGGUAAACUUGUGUUCAAAAAGCUUGCGGAUCAUAUGGAAAAGAUUGCCUCAGGGUUCCUCAGGAAUUCAGCUAGUAUAGGUGGAAACCUGAUGAUGGCCCAAAGGAAACACUUUCCAUCAGAUAUUGCAACAAUACUACUUUCUGUGGAUGCAAUGGUUGAUAUCUUGACUGAUCAAAGGCAUGAAAGUAUCAUGCUGGAGGAGUUUCUUGGGAGGCCUCCGUUAGAUUCCAAAAGUGUUCUUUUAGCCAUUAAAAUUCCAUGCUGGAGGUUAAGUGUGGAUAUUUCUUCCCAAGGCUACACUAAGUUGCUAUUUGAGACGUAUCGAGCCGCACCACGCCCUAUUGGAAAUGCACUUCCCUAUAUGAAUAGCGCUUUCCUGGCUGAGGUUUCACUUAGUAAGGCUGGAAUUAUGCUAAAUCACUGUCGAUUGACAUUUGGUGCUUAUGGAACAAAACAUGCCAUUAGAGCAAGGAAUGUUGAAGAGUUUCUAUCAGCAAAGUUUCUAAACACCAGUGUUCUAUAUGAGGCCAUUAAAAUACUUGAAACUACUGUGGUGCCUGAAGAUGGUACCUCCCAUCCGGCUUAUCGGUUGAGCUUGGCCAUUGGCUUUCUCUUCGAUUUUCUAUACCCCUUACUUGAGAACCCUGCUGAGAUUUCCAGCUUUUGGUCUGAUGGAGAUAAUAAAGCUUUGCCAUUCAGUGAUUUCAAAGGAAAACAGGAUUCUAACCAGCUUGAUCAAACCAAAUUCUCAACUUUGUUAUCAUCUGCAAAGCAGGUGAUUCAGUUAAGUGAAGAAUAUAAUCCUGUUGGAGAGCCUAUUAAAAAAGCUGGAGCUACCCUCCAAGCUUCUGGUGAAGCUGUUUAUGUGGAUGACAUUCCAUCUCCAAGCAAUUGCCUGCACGGAGCAUUUAUUUACAGCACGGAGCCAUUAGCAUGGGUGAAGGACAUAAAAUUUAAGCCUGGAUCAUCACUGGAUGGAGUCAUCAAGCUCAUUUCUUCCAAAGACAUUCCUGGGGAAAAUAUAGGGGCUCAGACCAUGUUUGGUUCUGAACCAUUAUAUGCAGAUGAGCUCACUGAAUGCGCUGGUCAACGCAUUGCCUUGGUGGUUGCAGAUACACAGAGAAAUGCAGACAUGGCUGCCAACCUUGCAGUGAUUAAUUAUGACAAGGAGAAUCUAGAUCCAAUAUUAUCUGUUGAAAAGGCUUUUGAAAGAUGUAGCUUUUUUGAGGUCCCUUCUUCCCUUUACCCUAAACAGGUUGGCGAUUUUUCUAAAGGAAUGGCUGAAGCUGAUCAUCAAAUUCACUCGGCUGAGAUCAAACUUGGAUCACAAUAUUAUUUCUACAUGGAGACGCAAGCAGCUCUUGCUGUGCCAGAUGAAGACAACUGCAUGAUCGUAUACAGUUCUAGUCAAUGCCCUGAGCUCGCGCACAGUACAAUAGCUAAAUGCCUUGGUGUUCCUGGACACAAUGUUCGUGUGAUAACAAGAAGGGUUGGGGGAGGAUUUGGUGGAAAGGCCAUAAAAGCAAUGCCAGUUUCUACAGCAUGUGCACUUGCUGCUUACAAACUACAGCGUCCGGUCAGGAUCUAUGUCAAUCGCCAGACUGAUAUGAUAAUGGCAGGAGGAAGGCAUCCAAUGAAGAUAACUUACAGUGUAGGAUUCAAAGGUAAUGGGAAGAUUACAGCCUUAAGACUCGAUAUAUUAAUUGAUGCAGGGAUUUCAGUUGAUAUAAGUCCAUUGUUGCCAAAUCAUAUGUUCGGUUCACUAAGGAAGUACGACUGGGGUGCUUUAGCUUUCGAUAUAAAGGUUUGUAAAACAAACCGUCCGAGCAGAUCAUCGAUGAGGGCCCCUGGGGAAGUGCAGGGAUCAUUCAUUGCUGAAGCUAUAAUAGAAAAUGUGGCAUCCACUCUUUCCCUGGAUGUUGAUUCAGUUAGAAGUAUUAAUCUCCACAAGUACGAAAGCCUUGAAUUGUUUUUCAAGAACAGUGCUGGUGAACCAUUGGAGUAUACUUUACCUUCUAUAUGGAAUAAGUUGGGAACGUCUUCAAGCUUUUACCAUAGGAUUGAAAUGUUGAAACAGUUUAAUAGGUGUAAUAAAUGGCGGAAAAGGGGAAUCUCUCGAGUCCCUAUCGUGCAUGAAGUGACCUUGAAAGCAACCCCAGGGAAAGUAAGCAUUCUAUGUGAUGGAUCGAUUGUAGUUGAAGUUGGAGGCAUUGAGCUCGGUCAGGGUCUUUGGACGAAGGUGAAACAGAUGACAGCAUACGCUCUUGGUUUGAUCCAAUGUGGUGGAACUGACGAACUUUUGGAGAAGGUGAGGGUCAUACAAACUGAUACCUUGAGUUUAAUUCAAGGUGGCACCACUGCUGGAAGUACAACGUCAGAAUCAAGCUGUGAAGCUGUUAGACGUUGCUGCGAUAUCUUAGUCGAGCGACUGACAGCUUUCAAGGAAAGGUUGGUAGAGCAAAUGGGAUCUUUAAAAUGGGAGACAUUGAUUCUUCAGGCAUAUAACAGUUCCGUGAACUUAUCAGCAAUUUCGUUAUAUGUACCAGACAUUUCGUCCCUGAGUUACUUGAAUUAUGGUGCUGCAGUGAGUGAGGUGGAGAUAGACGUUUUAACAGGGCAAACCACAAUAUUACAAACAGAUAUCAUAUAUGAUUGCGGCCAAAGCUUAAAUCCUGCUGUUGAUUUAGGACAGACUGAAGGAGCAUUUGUUCAAGGAAUAGGGUUCUUUAUGCUUGAAGAAUAUCCUACAAACUCUAAAGGAUUAGUGACUGCAGAAGGCACUUGGACUUAUAAGAUCCCCACAGUGGACACUAUACCUAAGCAGUUUAAUGUAGAAAUCCUCAACAGUGGACAUCAUAAACAUCGUGUACUUUCAUCAAAAGCUUCGGGAGAGCCGCCGUUAACGCUAGCAGCUUCGGUACACUGUGCUAUAAGAGCAGCUAUAAAAGAAGCCAGGGAACAACUUCAUUCAUGGGGAGGAGACGAGUCUAGUUCAACAUUUAAGUUGGAGGUACCUGCAAUCAUGCCUGUUGUGAAGGAGCUUUGUGGGCUUGACAGCGUUCAAAGAUUCUUACAGUGGACAAUCGGAAGCUAAGUGAUAGGAUUCUGAAGGCUAUCAGUUAAACAAUGUCCCAAUCUUUGAUUGCCUGUAGAGAAAGCAAGGUUUAUCAUUAGUCUUUCACAAGCCCUUCAUGUUGGGCCUAUAUGGUUUGUUGGAUCUCUUGUGCAAACCUGUUAAUUCUUGUGUUAGUAUUGUGUUCGUCUUCUUCUUACUAUCACGAUUAUUGUAAUUGUUAUUAUUAUUAUUCCUAUUUAUGUCGUGUUAUUACUUAUGUUAAAAAAAGUAAUUAAAAUUUUAAUUGAAUCAAUAUGUUAUUAUAGAUUUUUUAAAAGUUUAAAUA